GAUAAACUCCGCGUUUCUGCUUAAAACUAACAAUAUAUACAGAACACACAUUAUUUACCUCUCGGUCGGGUGGGGAUUAAACUGCUUCACAGCAUGAUUAUAUUAAAUAAAGCGUUAAUGAAGCGUGUUAGAUAGCGACAGAUCACUUUACGGGUUUGAAGUUUGUCCCAACGCGGCUGCCGGAGCGUCACGUCACGUCAUGUUGUCACGUGACCACAACGUUACGAUUUUGCCGCGAAACUGAGCUGACGUCCACAGCGAGAGUGUCACUGUCUCUAAUGUUGAGUACAUUCUGUAAUUGAGCUUUCUGCUCGGUGUAUUUGUGUUUACCGGUACCGGUACCGGGAUGUUCUGUGAGAAAGCCAUCGAGUUAAUCAGAGAGCUUCAGCGGAUGAGCGACGGACAGCUUCCCGCUUUUAACGAGGAUGGACUCCGGCAGGUUCUGCAGGAGAUGGAAGCUCUUUAUGAACAGAACCAGACUGAUGUUAACGAGGCGAAGGCUGACGGUCGAGCUGAGCUCAUUCCCUCCAUCAAACUGCGACACUGCUGCCUGCUGAGGAACCAGCGCUGUCUCACUGCCUACCUCUACGACCGCCUGCUGAGGAUCAGAGCUCUGCGCUGGGAGUACGGCAGCGUGCUGCCCGCUAACGUCCGCUUCCACAUGUGUGCAGAGGAGGUGCAGUGGUUCACUCACUAUAAGAAGUCUCUGGCCUCCUUCAUGCGCUCUCUGGGGGGGGGGGAGGGUCUGGACAUCACGCAGGACAUGAAGCCUCCAAAGAGUCUUUACAUCGAGGUGAGGUGUUUAAAGGACCACGGAGAGUUUGAGAUCGAUGAUGGAACAGUGAUCCUACUGAAGAAGAACAGUCAGCACUUCCUGCCGCGGUGGAAAUGUGAGCAGCUGAUUCGCCAGGGCGUCCUGGAGCACGUCAUGUCCUGAUGGAGACACUGAUCAAUGUUUGCCUUUAAAGCUCAAAAGUCCUUAUUCACCUGAACACAACAGUUUGGAAAAUGUAGUUCUGAUGUAAAAAAUAAAAUAUUUCUUUUUCUAAA